AUCUUCUUGCUAAACUGUGGAAAGAUGUCGACACCCAAUGUCAAUGGCGGAAAGCGCACUAACAUGCCGGGAAAGGCCACCGUAUUAGCACUUGGUAAGGCAUUCCCUCAGCAACUGAUCCCUCAGGAAUAUUUGGUUGAAGGCUACUUCCGAGAUACUAAAUGUGAGGAUUCGGUCAUGAAGGAGAAGUUAGAGCGUCUGUGCAAGACUACCACUGUGAAGACGAGGUACACAGUCAUGUGUAAGGAGAUCUUAGACAAGUACCCUGAAUUAACAACAGAGGGCUCACCAACAAUUCAACAAAGGCUUGAGAUAGCAAACCCAGCAGUACUAAAGAUGGCCAUUGAAGCAAGCCUUGCUUGCAUCAAGGAAUGGGGAAGGCCAGUAGGAGAUAUCACCCAUGUUGUCUAUGUAUCAUCAAGUGAAAUAAGGUUGCCUGGAGGAGACCUUUACCUAGCUAGCCAACUUGGCCUGAGAAAAGAUGUUGGCCGUGUAAUGUUAUACUUUCUUGGAUGCUAUGGAGGUGUCUCUGGUCUUCGUGUUGCCAAAGAUAUCGCUGAGAACAAUCCAGGAAGCCGUGUUCUGUUAACAACAUCAGAGACUACCAUACUCGGUUACCGUCCACCUAACAUGUCACGACCCUAUGAUCUUGUGGGUGCUGCACUUUUCGGCGAUGGUGCAGCAGCAGUAAUCAUAGGGACUGAUCCAUUGAGUGACAUAGAAUCUCCAUUCAUGGAGUUGACCUAUGCAGUGCAACAGUUCUUGCCAGGGACACACAAUGUAAUUAACGGUCGCUUAUCUGAAGAAGGCAUAAAUUUCAAACUAGGAAGGGAUCUGCCUCAAAAGAUUGAAGAAAACAUUGAGGAGUUCUGCAAAAUGCUUAUGGAGAAAGCAGAUUUGAAGGAUUAUAAUGAUUUGUUCUGGGCUGUUCAUCCAGGAGGUCCAGCAAUACUAAACCGACUAGAGAGUAAUCUUAAUUUGAAACCUGAGAAGUUGCAAUGCAGUAGGAAGGCAUUGAUGGAUUAUGGGAAUGUGAGUAGCAACACCAUCAUCUACGUUAUGAGUUACAUGAGGGAGGAGCUCAAGCGUAGAGAUGAUGGGGAAGAGUGGGGGCUUGUCUUGGCGUUUGGGCCUGGAAUUACCUUUGAAGGCAUCCUCGUUCGUAGUCUGCAAUGACAAGUUCAUAUGUCAUUCGUGUCCAUGCAGGAACCACAU